GUGGCAAAAACCGGCAUGAUUUUACUUGUUGGAGAAGUGACUUCUAAAGCUAUAGUGGAUCUUCAGUCUGUGGUUCGAAAUACCAUCAAGAAGAUAGGCUAUGAUGAUUCAUCAAAAGGGUUUGACUACAAGACCUGCAAUGUGCUGGUAGCUCUUGAGCCACAGUGUAUGGAGAUCUCAGAUUGUGUUUUUGAGGGCCGGGAACAGGAGGACAUCGGUGCCGGGGACCAGGGCUUAAUGUUUGGAUAUGCCACAGAUGAGACUGAAGAGUGCAUGCCGUUAACCCUCCUACUGGCUCAUAAACUCAACUUCAGGAUAAAGGAACUGUCACAAAAUGGAGAAUGUCCUUGGAUACUUCCAGAUUGUAAAUCACAGGUCACAGUGGAGUAUCGAGACAACAUGGGAGCUAUGGAGCCGCUGCGUGUCCACACUGUGGUCAUUUCAGUACAGCACUGCCCGGACAUCACCCUGGACGUAAUCAGACACAACCUAAUGGAGAAGGUGGUGAAGGUUGUAAUUCCCGCUGAAUAUUUGGAUAACAAAACCAUCUACCAUCUGCUGCCAAGUGGCAAGUUUCUCAUGGGAGGCCCACAGGGGGACGCAGGACUCACAGGACGUAAAAUUAUAGUGGACACCUAUGGAGGUUGGGGUGGCCACGGAGGCGGGGCUUUCUCUGGGAAGGACUACUCCAAAGUGGAUCGGUCCGGGGCUUAUGCUGCACGUUGGGUCGCCAAGUCUCUGGUCAAAGCCGGACUGUGCAGGAGGGCACUUGUACAGAUCUCUUAUGCGAUUGGUGUGAGUCACCCACUGUCCAUCACAGUGUUCCACUACGGCACAUCCAACAGAGAUGAAGAUGAGCUGUUGCACAUAGUUCAAAAGAACUUCGAUCUUAGACCUGGAGUCAUUGUAAAAGAGCUGGGACUGAAGAGGCCGAUUUACCAAGCCACUGCUUGCUACGGUCACUUUGGAAGAAGUGAAUUUCCCUGGGAACAAUCAAAACAACUUGUAUUUUAAUGCCAUUGCAGUCAGAUUUUUUUAUUUUGAUGUCCACGAUCUAAAAAAUAAAUAAAUUCAGAAUCUGAGUUCAGACAAAAACUAAAAUCACUGCUGUGAUUUUUAUCCUUUAUCUUUUUACAAUCAAAAAUAAUUGCGGCACAAGCAGUAAAGUAGUUGUCAAUGUUAGUUAUUUUAAUAAAAAAAGUCAAGCUGACAAACUGAAUAUAAUGUAAUAUGAAGCUUUUGAUUAUAAAUAGAGGCAUUAAAUCAUGUUAGUAUGAAAAAACUCUGUGUUCAAUGCUAAUUUGAGAUUUGUCUUCUUUUCUGAAUGAAACUUGAUAAAAGAAGUGCAAUGAAGUCAUUCAUAACACACACACUGCCAACUGUUUCCACAACAUUCUUCUUUUUAAACUUUGUCAUGGGAAAUACAGUGAACUAUGUCUGUUAGCAAAA